AUGGUCAGUCAGCGAGAACUCCAAGGUCUUGGUCCACCGCCAUCUUUGGCCGAUUCUGCACGACUGCAUCCGCGUGAGCGAGCUGAGCAGCGCCGUCAGCGGAUAGUAGAAGCUGCUUUGUCUCGGGCCCCAGAUGCCGAAGAUUCAGUCGCCGAAACUGAUGUCCCUGAAGCUGUCGUGCAGCAAGCCAUCAUUCCGCCAGCUGUCGGCUCUCCAGUCAACGAAGCUGGUUCUCUCGCUCCAAAUCUGAGCUUAACCAACCAACCUAGCAUUCGCAUCGGCAAGCGAGAGUUUGACAGUCUAGAUAUCGCAACCGAUGCUGAGGAUCUGCCACGCGCGAAACGUCGUGCGCGACCAGUGAGCAGCAUUGCCGGGCCAUCACGUCGUGUUACUCGGUCAGCUGGCGUAGUUCAAGGCUCUUUGGUGGCUCCCCAGCCAGCUGCUGCUUCCGCUCCGCUGGAAGCUCCUCCAGCACCUGCACCACCUGUUAUGCGCCACUGCGAGGCCUGUCUUGAAGAUUUCCCGACGGAGGAAUUUCCUCAGCUGGAUGGAUGUCAGCGAGGUCCCAACAUUCAUAACCUUUGCUUUGCGCGAUGGAUUGCAGUCCGAGUAGGCGAGACUACACAUCAUCGCAAUACCACUUGUCCGUGUGGUUGCGGUACUGUCCUCACGCGCGAGAACGUCGAACAGUAUGCCGAGGGCAAUACUUUGCAAGGCUACGAUGAUCUGCUCGCCCAAGAACUGGCCGAAGAACUUGGUUUCCGUAGAUGUAUUGGACCUGAUUGCGAAUCCGGACAGAUCCACGACAGUGAGGAUGGCAACAUCUUCAUCUGCCACGAGUGCGGUCACCGUCACUGCAGUACGCACGAUAUUCCCUUCCACGAUGGCGAGACCUGCGAAGACUACGACAAUCGUCUGCACCGUGAAGCAAUGCCGCCUACCGCAGAGGAGAUCGCGGACCAGGAGUAUGUCGACAAGCACACUAAGAACUGUCCUGGUCCGAAGUGUGGGAAGCGCGGGGAUAAAGUUUCUGGCUGCGACCACAUGACUUGCGAGCAGUGUCAAUUCGAGUAUUGCUGGCGUUGCUUGGCUCCCUACGCUGGACCAGAAGGCAUUCGCCUCCGGGGCAACGCUGCUCACGCGCCGAAUUGUCCUUACUAUUCCGAGAACCUUCCCGAUCACCCUCAAGAUCGCCAUAAUCCGGCGCCUGUUCGUCGUGCCUACCGCACGUCUAUGAGCAUAGGGACCCAUAACGCGUAUCGUGCUCACAAGAAGGGGAAGAAGUAG